AUGUCGCUCUGCAAUCCUAGGCCUGGCAUUGAAGACGCGCGUUCAAAGCUUUUUCACCGAAAUUUCCUGGAAUUGGCUCGUGACAGAGUUCAUCAUUAUGAGGACGGUGUCGAAACAUUACAACAUCCUUGCUCUAUAAUAAGGGACAAGAAAUUUCCACCUUCUGAUACCGACGAAAAAUCAAAUGCUGACAAACAGAAUGCUGCAGAAACGGGCUCAAUCAGAUACGCCGUGCAAAGGUAUCUGCGAGAUCAGAGCAUAAGAAAAUUAGAUGCAGUAAAGGUGCAG